AUGGGGGUUGUCACCUACCUUUGCCUUUUUGGUUUCCUGGUCUCCUAUUCUUUCCCAGGAGGUGAAGUAGGAUUCCACAUUGAAAAUUGCAUUCUAACAGCUUUUGCCCUCCCCAUCUUUUUCUUCCUUUACUCCUCUCUCCAUACAGCAAAGGCCAGAUCCUGUCCCAGGAAUUGGCUGAAAUCCCAGGGCAGCUGCUAUGCAUAUUUUGACUCUAAGAAAACUUGGUCUGAAGCUGAGAAUGAGUGCCUGAGCUAUGGCUGUGGAACCCAUCUUGCCUCCAUCCUCAAUGAGAAAGAGUCAGAUGUGGUGGCCAAUUACAUCUCUGCAAACCAGAAAAACGCAAGCCAGGUCUGGAUUGGGCUGCAUGAUCCCACUGAGAAAGGACAUUGGAGGUGGUUGGAUGACGAGAUCUACAAUUACAAACGCUGGGAUUCUCAUCGCCCAGACAACUACAACAAUGAAGAAUAUUGUGUGCAUCUGCUAAUGGACACAGGUUUUAAGAAGUGGAAUGAUGUAAAAUGCAACAACAAGUACGCCUUCAUCUGCAAGCAAUAACUCUAAAGGAUACUUCCCUUCUCCACUGUGUUGGCUGGGAAGCUGUCUUGAUAUUAUAUGUAUUUCUGCUCUCUCUCAUCACUUUCAAAAUAGCCAUUGCUAUAGAGAUGCCUUUUCAAUUUCCCCCUUCCCUUUGAAAUUUUCUUGGACCUGCAGCAGA